GCGGCUUGCGAGCUCGGAUGUGUGUUCAGGAGGAGUGACACGUGCUGAAGAAAAAAAUUAAAAAACAUAAAAAAAAAUAACGGGCACAUCCAGGAGUUUUCUUUUAUUUUAAUUUUUUUUUUUUUUACUGUACAUAAUUUUUAAGGAGGACUUUUGUUUCUCAAUUUUUACUUGAACUGGGAAGAAUUAAGUCCACAUCUCAGCAACCAUGGGAAGAGGAGAAGGACGUGAGCAGUAUGAGCUGGCUGCGACCUCGGAGCAGGGCGGCAAGAAGAAGGGGAAGGGGAAGAAGAAAGAAAAGGAUAUGGACGAACUGAAGAAGGAAGUGGAUAUGGAUGAUCACAAGCUGACCCUGGAUGAGCUCAAUCGCAAAUAUGGAACAGACCUCAGCAAUGGUUUGACUAGUGCAAAGGCUGCUGAGAUUCUGGCCCGUGAUGGGCCCAACGCCCUCACUCCUCCUCCCACCACCCCAGAGUGGGUCAAAUUCUGCAAACAGAUGUUUGGCGGUUUCUCCAUGCUUCUGUGGACUGGUGCCAUCCUCUGUUUCCUGGCCUAUGGUAUCCAGGCUGCAAUGGAAGAUGAGCCCGCAAAUGAUAAUUUGUACCUGGGUGUCGUGCUUUCUGCUGUCGUCAUCAUCACUGGUUGCUUCUCCUACUACCAAGAGGCCAAGAGCUCCAAGAUCAUGGACUCCUUCAAGAACCUGGUCCCACAGCAAGCCCUGGUCGUCCGUGACGGUGAGAAGAAGAGCAUCAACGCCGAGGAGGUGGUGGUCGGUGAUUUAGUGGAGGUGAAAGGUGGUGACAGGAUCCCUGCUGAUCUGCGAAUCAUCUCUGCCCACGGCUGCAAGGUGGAUAACUCCUCUCUGACCGGUGAAUCAGAGCCCCAGACUCGUACCCCUGACUUCUCCAAUGAGAACCCGCUGGAGACCAGAAACAUUGCUUUCUUCUCCACCAACUGUGUUGAAGGAACCGCUCGUGGUAUCGUGAUCAGCACAGGAGACCGCACUGUCAUGGGCCGCAUCGCCACGCUGGCCUCCGGACUUGAAGUUGGACGCACUCCCAUCUCCAUCGAGAUCGAGCACUUCAUCCACAUCAUCACCGGUGUGGCCGUCUUCCUCGGCAUGUCCUUCUUCAUCCUCUCCCUCAUCCUCGGAUACACCUGGCUGGAGGCCGUUAUCUUCCUCAUCGGUAUCAUUGUCGCCAACGUGCCAGAAGGUCUCCUUGCUACUGUCACUGUGUGUCUGACUCUGACUGCUAAGCGUAUGGCCAAGAAGAACUGCCUGGUGAAGAACUUGGAAGCCGUCGAGACCCUGGGCUCCACCUCCACCAUCUGCUCAGACAAGACCGGCACCCUGACCCAGAACAGGAUGACCGUGGCCCACAUGUGGUUUGACAACCAGAUCCACGAGGCCGACACCACCGAGAACCAGAGCGGGGCCACCUUCGACAGGAGCUCACACACUUGGGCUGCCCUGGCUAGAAUCGCCGGGCUUUGCAACCGCGCCGUCUUCCUGGCUGAGCAGAGCAACAUUCCCAUUCUGAAGAGAGAUGUGGCCGGUGACGCCUCUGAGUCGGCUCUGCUGAAAUGUAUCGAGCUGUGCUGCGGAUCUGUCCAGGAAAUGAGAGAGAAAAGCCCCAAAAUCUCUGAGAUCCCGUUCAACUCUACCAAUAAGUACCAGCUUUCCAUUCACAAGAUUGCCGCAUCUGAAGGAGAGUCCAAGCACCUGCUAGUGAUGAAAGGAGCCCCAGAGAGGAUUUUGGACCGCUGCUCCACCAUCAUGAUUCAGGGCAAAGAGCAGACUCUGGAUGACGAGAUGAGAGACGCUUUCCAGAACGCCUACCUGGAACUGGGAGGUCUGGGAGAGAGAGUACUGGGUUUCUGUCAUUUCAACCUGCCCGAUGACCAGUUCCCAGAGGGCUUUGCUUUUGACACUGACGAGGUGAACUUCCCCACUGAGAACCUGUGCUUCAUUGGCCUCAUGUCCAUGAUUGACCCCCCUCGUGCCGCCGUGCCCGAUGCUGUCGGCAAAUGCAGGAGUGCUGGAAUCAAGGUAAUCAUGGUCACAGGUGAUCAUCCAAUCACAGCUAAGGCCAUUGCUAAGGGUGUGGGUAUCAUCUCCGAAGGCAAUGAGACUGUUGAGGACAUUGCUGCUCGUUUGAACAUCCCAAUCAACGAAGUCAACCCAAGAGAUGCCAAGGCCUGUGUCGUCCACGGUGGAGACCUGAAGGACCUGAGCGCAGAGCAGCUUGACGACAUCCUGAAGUAUCACACUGAGAUUGUUUUUGCCAGAACCUCCCCACAGCAGAAACUGAUCAUUGUGGAGGGCUGCCAGAGACAGGGUGCCAUUGUGGCUGUGACAGGUGAUGGUGUGAACGACUCUCCUGCUCUGAAGAAGGCCGACAUCGGUGUUGCCAUGGGGAUCGCUGGAUCUGACGUCUCGAAGCAGGCUGCUGACAUGAUCCUGCUGGACGACAACUUCGCCUCCAUCGUUACUGGAGUGGAAGAAGGUCGUCUGAUCUUUGACAACUUGAAGAAGUCCAUCGCCUACACUCUGACCAGUAACAUCCCUGAGAUCACACCCUUCCUCCUCUUCAUCAUCGCCAACAUCCCUCUGCCCCUGGGAACCGUCACCAUCCUCUGUAUUGACCUGGGAACUGACAUGGUCCCCGCCAUCUCCCUGGCUUAUGAAGCAGCUGAGAGCGACAUCAUGAAGAGGCAGCCCAGAAACCCCAAAACAGACAAACUGGUGAACGAGAGGCUCAUCAGCAUAGCCUACGGACAGAUCGGUAUGAUCCAGGCGCUGGCAGGCUUCUUCACCUACUUUGUGAUUCUGGCUGAAAACGGCUUCCUGCCUGCCACCCUGCUGGGCAUCAGAGUGUCCUGGGAUAAUAAAUACGUCAAUGACCUGGAGGACAGCUAUGGACAGCAGUGGACUUACGAGCAGAGGAAGAUCGUGGAGUUCACCUGCCACACGGCUUUCUUCGUCAGCAUCGUCAUCGUGCAGUGGGCCGAUCUGAUCAUCUGUAAGACCAGGAGGAACUCCGUCUUCCAACAGGGCAUGAAGAACAAGAUCCUGAUCUUUGGGCUGUUUGAGGAGACUGCCCUGGCUGCCUUCCUCUCCUAUUGUCCAGGCAUGGACGUCGCCCUCAGAAUGUACCCUCUCAAGCCCAACUGGUGGUUCUGCGCCUUCCCCUACUCCCUGCUCAUCUUUAUCUAUGAUGAAAUCCGUAAGCUGAUCCUCAGACGCAGCCCAGGAGGUUGGGUGGAACGGGAGACCUACUAUUAAAGACCCAUCAGCCUGUCAGUCCAGUCAGCUCGCAUCUUCUCCUCCACUCCCGUCUUUGCAUGAAUAUUGUCUUGCUGCUCGGAAUAAAAUUUUAACCUCUGUGGAAAAAAAAAAUUGGAACGUGUUUUUAUAUUAGGGAAUGCUUGAUACUACUAUUAGACAAAUACUGAGAUGGAACAUGCUGAUGAUGCUGAUGAUCAUGUUGAUAAAUGAUAAUGCUAAUAAUGACAUGAACACUGAACAUUGACAUGACUAUGCGUGCCUUGUUUCUGAAACAGGACCAAUUUUAUACAUGUUUUUAACAGUUAUAAACGUUCAAUAAAAAUGCGCUUGAGUCAGGUCCCACAAA